AUGCGUAGCCAUCUAGCACACAUACAUCCGGAGAUCCGACGACCCCGUGGCCGUGCUAGCAAAGCUAAGCCUGAUAUGGCUGCCCUGCAGAAUAAGCGACAACGACUAGCUGGUACGGUGUCCGAGGCCGAGUUCAUUCAGGUCCAAGCCAACCAGGAUCUCCAGGAAAGGUUGUCGGCCGAGGCAGAACAAGGGCUACAGAUCACCACCCAGAAGCAUGCCACUAAAGUAUCGCCAUGGCUAGAGCUCACCCAGUGGCCGAAGUACCUUCAAGGUCACAGCUUUUCUGAAGUAGCAAGUCUAGGCAUGCUUCUUAAUUCUUCUCGCGAGCCACUGCUUGCCGCGUUCGCGCAGAGUGUGGAACGAUUGAUCAAGCGUGUAUAUCACACUAUCCAGGACCGGCGGAUUAACGAGUUUGACCAAAUCCGAAUCAACAGCUUUGUCUCACGUCCGAGGAUUUGGGAACGACCGAUUCUAGUGGAUCUGAAGCCCUGUACAUACGCCCGGUACCAGCAGGUAUGGCAGCGCCUAAUCUGUUUUGCCUACCGCAGUAGUCGCCCGGAUCAAGCGAUCAUCCUGCGCCACCAGUUGACGACCAGUCAAUUUACCAAAUUAGACCAGAUGGAGGACCUUGAAACGCAAUUGUUGGCGGAGCAAUCCCCAGCAGUCUGGGAUUAG